CUGUUCUUUCCUCGCUCCAAGGUGGGCUUAGUUGAUGCACAGCAGACGGUGCCCCCGGGUGAUGUCCGUUUCUCCUAGCCCGUGAAAAACGGACUCAGAUGGCUUCCACACCUACUUCCCAGCCCUCAAAAAAAACAGUGGCCUCUCACGUGCCUUUUGCACAUCUGUGUGACACUCUGGAGCGAAUACAGAAAAGUAAAUCUCGUCCAGAGAAAACAAAGUGUUUCAAGGAUUUUCUGGAUUCCUGGAGAAAGUUCCAUGAAGCUCUUCAUCGCAAAGAGAAAGACGUGACAGAUUCUUUUUACCCAGCUAUGCGACUUAUUCUUCCACAGUUGGAAAGAGAAAGGAUGGCAUACGGAAUUAAAGAAACUAUGCUUGCAAAGCUAUAUAUUGAACUGCUUAAUUUACCAAGAGAUGGAAAAGAUGCUGCAAAGCUUUUAAAUUACAGAGCACCUGCUGGCUUACGUGGAGAUGCUGGAGAUUUUGCAAUGAUCGCUUACUUUGUGUUAAAACCUAGGAGCCCAAAACAAGGCAGAUUGACAAUAGAGCAAGUCAAUGAACACUUAGAUGCAAUAGCUAAUAAUAAUGCUGCUAAAAACAAAGGUCUACUAAAGAAAAGUCUUCUGCAGUUAAUUACCCAGAGCACAGCACUGGAACAAAAAUGGCUCAUCCGGAUGAUUAUAAAGGAUCUAAAGCUCGGUGUUAGUCAGCAAACGAUAUUUUCCAUUUUCCAUCCUGAUGCUGUUGAAUUGCACAACGUCACAACCGAUUUGGAAAAGGUUUGCAGGCAACUGCAUGAUCCUUCUGUCUCACUCAGUGAUGUUUCUAUCAUGUUGUUUUCUGCCUUUAAACCGAUGCUUGCUGCCAUUGCUGAUGUCCAACAAAUUGAGAAACAAAUGAAUAACCAGCUGUUCUACAUAGAAACUAAGCUGGAUGGUGAACGUAUGCAGAUGCACAAAGAUGGAGACGUGUAUAAAUAUUUUUCCCGCAAUGGGUUUGACUACACCCAGCAGUUUGGUGCUUCCCCCCUUGAUGGUUCGUUAACACCUUUUAUUCAUAAUGUAUUUAAGAGCAAUAUACAAAACUGCAUUCUUGAUGGUGAAAUGAUGGCAUACAAUCCUGAGACACAAACCUUUAUGCAGAAAGGAAACAAAUUUGAUGUAAAAAGAAUGAUGGAGGACUCUGAUCUGCAGACCUGCUUCUGUGUAUUUGAUGUAUUGAUGGUUAACGAUCAGAAGUUGGGGCAUGAAAUACUAAGCAAAAGACAUGAAAUUUUAAGUAGCAUAUUUACCCCAGUAACAGGCAGGAUACACAUUGUAAAUAAAAAAAGUGCCAGAACAAGAAAAGAUGUAAUCGAUGCUUUAAACGAAGCAAUAGAUAAUAGAGAGGAAGGCAUUAUGGUGAAAGAUCCCAUGUCCACCUACAAGCCUGACAAACGUGGGGAAGGCUGGUUAAAAAUCAAGCCAGAAUAUGUCAAUGGACUGAUGGAUGAGCUAGACCUUUUAAUUGUUGGUGGUUACUGGGGGAAGGGCUCACGUGGUGGAAUGAUGUCUCAUUUUCUGUGUGCUAUUGCAGAGACACCUCCCCCAAAUGAAAAACCUACCAUUUUCCAUUCUAUUUGUCGCGUUGGCUCUGGCUAUACUAUGAAGGAGUUGUAUGACCUAGGUUUGAAACUGGCUAAACACUGGAAGCCCUAUCGUAGGAAGGACCCUCCCUGUAACAUUUUGUGUGGAACUGAGAAACCUGAAAUGUAUAUUGAACCUUGCAACUCUGUCAUAGUUCAGGUCAAGGCAGCCGAGAUUGUUAACAGUGACAUGUACAAAACUGACUGCACUUUGAGAUUCCCUCGAAUUGAGAAGAUAAGAGAGGAUAAAGAAUGGUAUGAGUGCAUGACUUUAGACAUGUUAGAAGAUCUUAGAAGCAAAGCAGAAGGGAAGCUGGCAUCUAAGCACCUUCAUAUAGAUGAGUAUGAUGAGCCACAAGAGAAAAAAAGGAGAACUGUAUCAAAGGUGAAGAAGAUUAUUGGAAUAGCUGAACAAUUUAAAGCUCCUGAUCUCUCUACUGUAAACAAGGUUUCAAAUGUAUUUGAAGAUGUUGAGUUUUGUGUUAUGACUGGAACAGUAAAAUACACAAAAUCUGAACUAGAAAGCAGAAUAGCUGAAUUUGGUGGCAGCGUGGUACAGAACCCAGGGCCCGAGACUUAUUGUGUCAUCGCAGGAGCUGAGAAUGUCAGAGUGAAGAAUAUCAUUGCUUCCAACAAAUAUGAUGUGGUGAGGGCAGAGUGGCUUCUUCAGUGUUUUCAGUCUAAAAUGCUGGUGCCUUGGCAGCCAGCCUUUAUGAUUCACAUGUCUCCUGACACAAAAGAACACUUUGCUCGUGAGUAUGAUUGUUAUGGAGACAGCUACACAGCAGACACAGAUGUUGCACAACUCAAGGAAGUGUUCUCAAGAACAAAAGACAGUAAGGUGAUGCCUUUGGAUGUGAUUGCAGAGUUAGAAGAACGCUAUUCAUGGAACAGCUGUCAGCUCAAUAUAUUCAGAGGAAACACUAUUUAUGUGGACUAUUAUGCUGUGGUUAAUGAGCCCAGAACCAAAAUCCAUGGAACAACACUAUCAAUUAGAGCUUUGGAGCUCCGUUUUUAUGGUGCAAAACUAGUUUCUCGCCUUGAAGAGGGUGUCUCCCAUGUUGUUACAGGAGAAGAUCAUUCCCGAGUUAAAGACAUGAAAGCACUCAGGAGAACAUUUGGGAAGAAAUUUAAAAUUGUAUCUGAGCUCUGGGUAACAGAGUCAGUGGAGGGAGGAGUUCCAAAGAAUGAAAAUCAGUAUUUAAUAUAAAGUAGUUUUUAAGCUUACAACAAAAAUAUUACUCUUCUUGGGAGGAGAUUUGGAUAUUACAAGUUUGCCUUGACUUUUUUGUAUGCUUUUUAUGUUUUUUACAUCAACCUGGCUUAAUAACAGUCUAUUGUUGAAAUCAGAGAAAGGUUUUUAAUUGUAGAAUUGUGGAAGCAAGGGGAUGCCAAACUGUGUUGAAUGAGAAAAAAAAACAAUCACCACAAGAAAGGUGAUGUAAGCAUUUUACUUAAUAAAGAGGCCUCAGGAAAGAUGGAAUAUUGCAGUUAAUUGUGUGCCUAAUAAUGGCACCUGCCUCCAUUACUCAAAGUGCAGACAAUAAUUUAACAUUUUAUGGAGAUUCUGCUAUUUAACUUAUUGUUUAUUUAUCAAUUUGCAAACACAUUCAUGUUUUCUGUGGAUUUCUUUUGUGUAUAUUCCAUAUGCUAUUGAAUUUAGUAAUUUAUAAACCCUCUACUAUUUUAAUUUGUUUACAUUAGUUUUAGCACUAAGCCCCACACAGCCUCAGUAGCACUUUAGUUUAGAAUAUUGCAUUUAGAAUAUUACAUUUAUUGUACACAUAGCCAUUAUAAAAUGGAACCUAAACUUCUGAAUCAGGUGCUAAUGAAUUAAUAAUGACCUUAAUUACUUGUUAACAGUAAUGUCUGCCUGUGCUUGUUAUCAGUUAAACCAUGAAGUGUGACAGGAUUAGGCUUUACCAUGUAACUAUCAUUUUAUCUUUCAAAAAAUGCUUCAUAAACUAUUUCAGAAGUCUGGGAUUAAUUCUCAAAUUUCCAUUUCAGUGCAUUAUUUUUUUCAACUAGUAAAUAAAAUAUAUUUUUAAAGUC